AUGAUGAGAUUGCGAAGCUCCGUAAGCGGUGGGAGCUAGCCUCCGUCUUCAACUUUUUAACGGUGAAAGGUGUUUGAGCCAGUGAUUGGGACUAAAGCAUCGGCGGAAGAGAUCGAGAUGGGUUUGGUAACCCCAAACGAUUCACUUGCUCAGCUUCACAUUGCCCUUUUGAAGGGAACACCACCAGCGAGUAAAACACUGGAUGGUUCUGAUGCAUGGGUGACUGUUCUUUGUAAGAAACUUGUAACGUGGUGGCCAUGGGUUGCUGAGGGGAAGAUUCCACUUGUGGUAGCUAAAGGAGAGGAAAUAUCACGCUAUAAAGGACUUGAUCCGACAGAGCGUCUACUUAUGUUAAAAGCACUCUGUGAACUCCGAGCCGAUCAAGAUGAUGCAGUGGCUUAUAUUAAUGAUGCCCUGAAAGAAGGAACUGAAAUUUCUUCAUUCCGCAAGGAUAAGAUAGGAGGAGACGAAAAGGGAACUUCUUAUUGGUAUGAUGGAAAUACAAUAAUUGGUCAUAGAUUAUACAAGGAAGUAACUGUCAUCGAGUCGAAGAAAAAUGUUAAGGGGAAAGGGGGUUUGAACCUACCAAAUAUCAGUUUCCAGUGGGAAACAGUAGCAACCAACCUCGAUGAAUUUCAGAAAGUUAUAGAUGAACUCUCAUCAAGCAAAGUUGCAGGAGAACGUGAUGCCGCUAAGAGUAUUGAAACUGAUGCUAUUCCUGCUCUUGAGAAACUUCAGAAGAAGAAAGAAAGGGAACUGAAAAAGAAACUAAGUCAAGAGAGGCAGCAGAAUCUUUUAACAAACUUUUAUGGUGCUGGAAUUACACGUUCCUGUCGCAACCGUAGGACUGUCAACUACACAUUUGAUGAUUAUGACCGGGUAAUUCAUGAGGCUAUAAAAGUCACAAAUAAGAGGAAAACUACUGAAGAGAAAGUGCAAGAAAGGAAGAGUAGAAGGAAUGACACAGCUAACAAUGAUGCCCCAGAAAGAGACACCAACUCAGAAUAUUCAGAUAAAGAAAGUCACUCCGCAAACAGUGAUAAUAAGGAUUCUGGUAAGAAUGAUGAUGGGGAUUCUGGUUACCACUCUAGUAACACUGAAAGUGACAUGCUUGGAGAUGCUGGUGAUGACGAGGAUGAUAACAAUUGGGAUGAUGGCACCAAGGAUGAGGACAAUGAAGAAGAAGAAGAAGAUGGUGAUCUCAGUGACAAACGCAGUUCUAAGCAAGUGAAGAACAAUGCUCAGACUGAUGACAUGUCCCAAAAAUGGCCAGCUUGUGGUGUGCGGUGGAGUUCAAGACUAGCUGGAGGCACUAAUCGUCAAGUUGUGGAAAACAGGAACUCUGGUGCUAAGAAUAGGUUGAGACAAAGACCUGUCUGCAACUCUGCCCUUGACUCUGUUGUGAUCCAAGACUCUGAGGAUGAAAACUCAGAGGGACAUGAAAACAGCCAGACUUUGGAGCACAAAAACCCAUCUUCAGAAACUGAUCCGGAAGAAGUCAGUGAAAGCUAG